AUGCAUGGACGUUAUCAUGGCAAGAACAAUCAGGAACUCGUACAACAUCUGAAACGAAGCAGGAUGAUUAAAUCUGACAGAGUGUUUGAAGCAAUGAGUUCUGUGGACAGAGGAAAAUAUACUCAUCCCAGUCAUGCUUAUGUAGACUCUCCACAAGGAAUUGGUUAUGGUGUUACCAUUAGUGCUCCUCAUAUGCAUGCAUAUGCCCUGGAAUUGCUUGAAGAAAAACUUCGUAAUGGUGGCAAAGCACUGGACGUUGGCUCUGGAUCAGGAUACUUGACAGCAUGCAUGGCUAUCAUGAUGGGACCAAAUGGUUUGGCUGUUGGGAUUGAUCAUAUUCCUGAAUUGCGAGCAAUGGCUGAAGAAAACAUUCGCCACGAUCACCCGGAACUCUUACGUGAUGGACGUGUGGAAUUAGUCGUUGGCGAUGGAAGAUUGGGCUAUCCUGAUCGCGGUCCGUACGAUGCUAUACAUGUGGGAGCAGCGGCUAAAGAAUUGCCACUACCGUUGAUAAGUCAAUUAGCACCCGGCGGGCGUUUAAUAUUACCGAUGGGCCCUGAGAACUCUGACCAGGUCUUAGUGCAAAUCGACAAAACUAUGGACGGCAAAAUCGAACGACGAUCUUUGAUGAGUGUGGUCUUCGUGCCAUUGACUGACAAGGAACGACAGUAUCGUCGAUCAUGAGAUAUGUGUUUGCUGCAAUAAGUCAGCUUAUUUGUUUGUAAUGAAUAUUAUUUUAUUUUUUGAGUAACAUCGUAUAUAGAAGCAGCUCUGAUAGUCGUGCAAAAAUAUAUAUUAGAUUAAAAAGAGUAAAAAGAUAAUUGCAGUAAUUUGCAAGCACUAUAUAGAUCUGUACAAAUGCUUUUAUUGAGCAAUAUAAUGAUAAAGACAAAUUCAAGUUUAGCACGAAAAUAUUUUGAUAUGUUAAGAUUAAUUUUUACGACACUAUUAUUUUUAUUUAUUAUAAAAAGAUUAAAAGCAAUAUACUUCACUAUGGGCCUGGUCCAACAACUGCUACAAAUGUAAACUCCGCAGCGUUUUUCCCUCUUGUUCUAUUCCUCGGAUUCGAAUGAAGAAAGAGAAAGAAGUAAAAACAAGCUACAAAGCAUUUGCAGCGCUUGUUGAACCGUACCCUUUGACUUUCACUUGUAAGAGAUCUAGUUUUAUAUCUAAAUAUACAUACUGAUAUUGAUUGGUUAAAUUUUCUAGUCACUUUCAACUCUUUAAAGUAUAUGAAAAUAUGGUGCUGAAAUAAAAAUAAAUUAAAUCUGAGAUGGCUAUGAAAGGUACAGAUUAUAUAAUAUUAAUAUAAAAUUUUUCACCUAACUUGCUGAAGCUUAAGCAAAGUUUUUCUUUACAAAUAAAAACAAACAAAAAGAUUUCUAUUUUAACUUAAUAUAUUAUAACUUAAUAUAUCAUAUAUAUAAUAUAUAAUCUAUUAUUUGAUUGUAUAGCUUAUUAUUUACCUAAUUCAUAAUAAUCUCGCAUUAAUUUUUUCAAAAUACACUCAUUAAAUGCAGAAAAAUAUUACAUAAUUAAAUAUUUAUUGGUAAGGUACAUGAAAUUGUUUACAUGUAUAUACAAAGGAAAUUUAUUUCUUUAUGCACAGUGCUCAUCAUCUAUUUUCUCUCGUCAAGUGUAUUAUAUCUUCUAUUUCUUCAAAUGUAUAAGUGUUAUAUUAAAAAAUAUAUGUAACACAAGUGACUAGAAUUACACGUUACUAUAAAUACUUUGUGUAUUUAUGUUUCUUUUAUAUCCUAUAUACAUGUUGGAUAAUUGUUGUAAUCAUACAGUUUGUCUUAAAUUAUACAAAUACAUUGUAUUUUAUACGUUAUAUAAAGAUAUUAAAUCUA